CCGGUCCCGGUGCCGGUCCCGGUGCCGGCAGGUGCUGGAGCGCUCCCGCGAUGUGGUGGACGAGGUCAGCGUCUCCCUGCGCCUCUGGGACACCUUCGGGGACCAUCAUAAGGAUCGGCGCUUCGCCUACGGCAGGUCGGACGUGGUCGUGCUCUGCUUCUCGCUGGCGAACCCCAACUCUCUGCGGCACGUGAAGACCAUGUGGUACCCCGAGAUCAAGCACUUCUGCCCCCGCACGCCCAUCGUGCUGGUGGGCUGCCAGCUGGACCUGCGCUACGCCGACCUGGACGCCGUCAACCGCGCGCGCCGGCCGCUGGCCAAGCCCAUCAAGCCCUCGGACAUCCUGCCGCCGGAGCGGGGGCACGAGGUGGCGCAGGAGCUGGGGGUGCCGUACUACGAGACCAGCGUGGUGGCGCAGUUCGGGGUGAAGGACGUGUUCGACAACGCCAUCCGCGCCGCGCUCGUGUCCCGCCGCCACCUGCAGUUCUGGAAGUCCCACCUGCGCAAGAUGCAGCGCCCGCUGCUGCAGGCGCCCUUCCUGCCCCCCCAAGCCCCACCGCCCCUCAUCCAGGUGCCCGACGCGCCCCCGGGCUGGGGGGGGGGCCCGGCCGCGCUGUUCCGGGCCCCGCUCUGCGCCGAUGUCGUGUUCCAGCUGCAGGGCGGGCACCGCGUCUUCGCCCACCGCGUGUUCCUGGCCACCGCCUGCUCCCGCUUCUACGACCUGUUCACGCUCGAGGGGCCGCCCGGGACCCCCGGCGAGGGGGACGGGGGCACCCGCGACCUGUCGGGGUGGGGCCGCGGGUUCCUGAGCCUGCGCUGGGAGGAGGUGCCGGAGCCGGCGGCGGGGCGGGAGCGGCGCAUGGCGGUGGUGGCCAUGGACCGGGCCGUGCGGCCGGAGCCGCUGCGCGCCGUGCUGGAGUACCUGUACACCGGGCGGCUGGAGCGGCCCCACGCCGACCUGCGCCAGGUGGGCGCCGUGGCCGAGCUGCUCGAGGUGUUCGACCUGCGCAUGAUGGUGGCCAACGAGCUCAACCAGGAGAGCUUCAUGAACCAGGAGAUCACCAAGGCCUUCCACGUGCGCCGCGCCAACCGCGUCAAGGAGUGCCUGGCCAAGGGCGUCUUCGCGGACGUGGUGUUCCGUGUGGAUGACGGGCUGGUGCCGGCGCACAAGCCGCUGCUCAUCGCUGGCUGCGACUGGAUGAGGGCCAUGUUCCGGGGGGGCUUCCGUGAGAGCUACGCCCAAGAGGUAUCCCUGCCCGGCACCAACUGCGCCUGCCUCCGCGCCGUGCUCGACUUCCUCUACACGGGGGUCUUCACCCCCACGCCCGACCUGGACGCCAUGGAGCUGCUCAUCCUGACGGACCGGCUGUGCCUGCCGCGGCUGCAGGCGCUCACCGAGCAAUACGCCGUGGACGAGCUGCUCCGAGCCUUCAUGCAGCGCGUGGAGAUCGACGAGCAGGUCAUCAUCUACCUGGAGAUGACGCAGUUCCACAACGCCCACCAGUUGGCCGCGUGGUGCCUGCACUACAUCUGCACCAACUACAACCGCGUGUGCCGCCGCUUCCCCCGCGAGAUGAAGUUCAUGUCCCCAGAGAACCAGGCGCACUUCGAGCGGCACCGCUGGCCCCCGGUGUGGUACCUGAAGGAGGAGGAUCUGUACCUGCGCUCCAAGAAGGAGCGGGAGCGCGAGGAGCAGCUCCAGCGCAAGCAGCACCCCCGCAGCAAGUGGUGCUUCUGGCGGCCCUCGCCCCCCGUGUCCUGAGCUGGGGACGAGGGGCUGGGACCCCCGCAUGGGGCUGGGGGGCUUGGCUGGACUGGGAGCCCCUGUGUGGGGCUGGGGGGCUCGGCCGGGCUGGGGGUCCCUGUGUUGGGCGGAAGGGCUCGAGGCUGGGACCCCCACAUGGAGCUGGGGGCUUGGAUGGGUUGGGGGUCCCUGUGCUGAGCUGAGGGGCUUGAGGCUGGGACCCUCACACUGGGCAGGGGAGCUCAGCUGGCCUGGGGGUCCCUGUUCUAAGUGAGGGGCUUGGGGCUGUGGCUCCCAUGCUGGGCUGGGGGGCUUGGCUGGGCUGGGGGUCCCUGUGCUGGGCUGUGUGGCUCAGGCUCGGGACCCCCACACUGGAAUGGGGGGCUCAGCCCCAGGGACUGCACACAGAACUGAAGGGCUGGGCCCUAUGACCCCCACCCUG